UGUUAGAGAGUGUGAUGGACUGGGGUCUCAGAGUGCUGCAGGCCAGUGGUGGGGUUGUUAGGGGAGGUGCUGUUCUGAAAGGUCCCAGUCGACGGUGGGAUCAGAAGCCCAGGGCAGAGGACAUGGAGAAGGAACAGGAGACACUGUACGCCUGGAAGAAACGUGUGGGACAGGAGCUCGACAGUGUGGUGGCUUUCUGGAUGAAGCACUCCCAUGACCUGGAACACGGGGGCUUCUUCACGUGCCUUGGACGAGACGGGCAGGUGUACGACCGCCUCAAAUAUGUCUGGCUGCAGGGGAGGCAGGUAUGGAUGUACUGUCGCUUGUACCGCAAUUUUGAGCGUUUCCAUCGUACUGACCUUCUGGAUGCGGCGAAAGCAGGUGGCGAGUUUUUGCUGCGUUAUGCCAGAGUGGCACCUCCUAGCAAGAAGUGUGCCUUUGUGCUGACUCAGGAUGGCUGUCCAGUUAAGGUGCAGAGGACCAUCUUCAGCGAGUGUUUCUAUACUAUGGCCAUGAACGAGCUCUGGAGAGUGACAGGGGAGAUGCGUUACCAGAAUGAGGCUGUGGAGAUGAUGGAUCAGAUUGUCCACUGGGUGAGGGAGGACCCGGCUGGACUGGGCCGACCCCAGCUCUCGGGUACCCCAGCCACAGAACCCAUGGCGGUGCCCAUGAUGCUGCUCAGCCUGGUAGAACAGCUCGGGGAGGCAGACAAGGAACUGGCCAGCAAGUACUUGGAGCUAGGGGACUGGUGUGCCCAGAGGAUCCUGCAGCACGUCCAGCGGGAUGGACAAGUUGUGCUAGAGAACGUAUCAGAAGAUGGCAAGGAACUCCCUGGUUGCCUAGGAAGACACCAGAACCCAGGCCAUGCACUGGAAGCUGGUUGGUUCCUGCUCCAGCAUGCCAUCCGGAAAAGUGACCCCAAACUUCGAGCCUACAUUAUUGACAAGUUUCUGUUGUUGCCUUUCCACUCUGGCUGGGACCCGGAGCAUGGAGGCCUCUUCUAUUUUCAGGAUGCUGAUGAUCUCUGCCCUACCCAGCUGGAGUGGGACAUGAAGCUGUGGUGGCCACACAGUGAAGCCAUGAUUGCCUUCCUCAUGGGUUACAGUGACAGUGGGGACCCUGCCCUGCUGCACCUCUUCUACCAGGUGGCUGAGUACACCUUCUGCCAGUUUCGGGAUCCCGAGUUCGGAGAAUGGUUUGGCUAUCUGAACCGAGAGGGCAAGGUGGCCCUCACCAUCAAGGGAGGCCCUUUCAAAGGCUGCUUUCACGUGCCUCGAUGCCUGGCCAUGUGCGAGCAGAUGCUGGACGCCCUGCUUGGCCGCCUAGAGCCAGCCCACGCCGCCCCCCUGCCCGCUGUCCCCGCCCGCGAAGGCGCGAAAUAAAGCUAAACCUGCUCCAC